AUGCAAUCCAAGAUCGAGUCCUUGAUUGGAAAACUACAAGAGACCUCAUUGUCAGGGCUCGUCUCAUCGGUCCCCUUGACUUUGGAGACACAACUGGAACACAAUACUACCCACCUUAUCUCCCCCAUAAAAAAAAAACACCCUUUCACCAUCAAACUAAAGACCUUGAAUGAGAUUUUACUGCUUGCAUUGCUCCACGACACAGAAGCCACCAACAUUACACUAAAGUGCCGUGUCCUCGAGCUUCAGGCCAUGAAUAUCCUGAAUGAGAGGUAUUGCAAGGUCCUUCGUGGACAGCUUGCAAAUCAGGAAGCAAAAAAUUUGCUGUGUUUCCUUUCUGGUGAUGAGUUCUAUGAGAAAGUUGUUGAAUUUGAACAGGAGCAGAAAAAGUGUGUCUCCGAGAAGAAGACAAGGAAAGAAGAACGUGAGAAGAGGGCCAAAGGACUGGCAGUGUGGAAACAUCUUGAAGAUGAGCGCAAGACAGAGAACAAGGACCAAAGAGCACAGUACCACACUGCAUUGGAGAACUGGAACAAGGAUAAGUUGAGGGCAAAGGCAGAGGGGUGGAAAUUCAGCGAGGCAAAACCGGUCUUGGGAAAGUUGCAUGGCCCUAUUCCAAGGCCAGCACUGAAUGUGGCAUGCAAGGAGGAUGCAGUAUCUAGUGGUGGGGAAAGCUUUGAUCUUGAUGGCAUUUCAGAUGCCAGUGAUGAAGACUAG